CUGCCCGCGCCGCUGUCUCCUGCGCCCAGGGCGGGGGGGCUUUGGAGAGAGCCGGGCUCUGCGAAUCGCACCCACCACGCAGGAUCGGAGACCUCGGGCUCCGCACCUGAGCGCGCUGCUUGCGGAUUGGGGGGCAGGGGAGGUUGUUCCUGGCCCGGUCCGGUGGCAACAUGGGGAAAUUUCAGUCCAAGCAUGCCUGCAAGCGGAGAGAGAGCCCCGAAGGGGACAGCUUCGCCGUGUCCGCGUACGCGAGCGGUGGCCGCAAAGGCGCGGAGGAGGAGGAGCGGCGCGCAGGCGGCGUCGGGGAGCAUCGCGCGCGGGACAAGCAGGAACUUCCCAGUGGGGAUCCCAAAGAGGAGCCGUUCCGAGAGGACCAGGGUUCCCUAGAAGUGGUGCUGCCCCCAGAGAAGGCUGAAGGCUGUGAGAAUCCCGCUCAGCAAUUCAACGUGGAUGACGUGGAGAAAGCAACCAGCCGCGAGGGUCCACGGGGACCUGGCAGAAAGUCCUUAAAUAUUGACGCCCUCCAGUGUGACGUCUCCGUGGAGGAGGACAACCGCCAGGAGUGGACGUUCACACUCUAUGACUUUGACAACAGCGGCAAGGUCACCAGGGAGGACAUGUCCAGCUUGAUGCACACCAUCUAUGAGGUUGUGGACGCCUCCAUCAACCACUCCUCAGGCAGUAGCAAGACCCUCCGCGUGAAGCUCACCGUCAGCCCCGAGCCCUCCAGCAAGAGGAAGGAGUGUCCUCCCGCGGGCCAAGACCGGGAGCCCGCUCGCAGCCGGGCAGAGAGCGAAUUCGCCGAGGAGCCCCGAGUGACUGACAGGCGGCUGUCUGCCUACAGUAGGAGGCCCAAUGCUGACCACCAGCCCUGCUCCGUACGAGGAUCCUACUGCGUGGACGAGAACACGGAGCGCAGAAACCACUACCUAGACCUCGCUGGCAUUGAGAACUACACAUCCAAGUUUGGUCCCGGGUCACCGCCAGAGCAGGCCAGGCAGGAGCACCACAGCAGGGCUACCCAUCUGCCAAGCAGGUCCCGCUCCCAGGACUCAGAUGCCCACGCUGUGCACCACCGCAGGUCCCAGGUGCUGGCUGACCAUCCUGUGCCCAACGUGGAGCCCGCCACCCGGGCCCUGGCUGCACAGCCCCGGUUCAAGGGACAAGAGAAGCAGUUCCUCAGAUCCCCCAAGGGUCCAGGGAAGCUUUUCGGGGCGCCGGGCGGCAACAAGCCUGGGAAAGCCCUCACUUACUGCCUGCCUGUCGUCCCGCUGCCCCAAGCCACCCAGGAUGGUCACCACCUCCCACAGCCCCCACCACAGCCCCCGCCGCAACCCUAUGGCCACAAGCGGUAUCGGCAGAAGGGCAGGGAGGGUCACUCGCCUCUCAAGGGGCACGGCCAGCCUGCCACGGCGGAGCAUGAGGUGCUGCGAGACCUGCCGCCCACGCUUGGGGCUGAGGGCUACGCGGUGCCCGUGAUCCAGCGGCAUGAACACCACCAUCACCAUCACCAUCACCACCACCACCAUGACCACCACCAUCACCAUUUCCACCCAUCCUAGCCUCCACGCAGGCCUCCCACACCCGGACUGCAUUGCAUAGCCGCUCACCCUCCAGGGCAUGGAGAAGGUGCCAACUUGUGCCCACAGGGGGAGGGGUGAGUGACACCAUCCCCUAGCUCAACACCCGACUGCACACGUCACGUUGGGCACCAGGGAGACGGUGCCAGGCCAGGCGCUCAUAGACAAAGCCCUCCUCCGAGUAUGUUCCUCGAUUCCAGGCAGACACCAGCACAUUCGAUGUUCCUAAUGGUUCCCAGUAACGCGUGCUUCCGUGAGAUCCGUGCAGCCCAGACCCGAGGGCAGGACAGUGCCCAAUCCUCUCACUGGUGAUGCAGAUUGGGACAUUUUGGAUACUCUUCCCGGCAUCCUCAUGGUGUUUCGGCCUUUGGGUGCCUUGGGUUGUCUCCGUCCUGUGGCUGGGAGUUGGACGAAAACUGCAGAAUUUUUGAGGUUUAUUCAUUAUAAAGUUAAGAGGCUGGGGUUGAGGAGCAAGUGGCUUUUCCUCCAUGUCCCCAGCAUCCUGUAUUCCCCCACAUGACGCCCAGCACAGCACAAGAGGGUGACCAGAGAAAUCAGCAAUAGAUGUGGGGGUCACCCACAGUAGAAGGGUCUUCGAUGGGUUACAUGUGGGGCUCACCGGUCCCUGGAGCCUCCAGCGUUCUCAGAGGUGGACGAGGACAGGCCCGGGGUCCAGGCAAGCAGGGUGGAGGGGACAGUGGAUGGUCAAGAUGCCUCUGCAGCCAGGCGGGCAGGCCCUUCAACCAGGGGUGGCCUUUGGGGCUCCCUGCUACGGAGCGAUGGUGCCCCAGAGCUUCCAGGCACGGACGCAUCGUGUGCGCGGGCCCGCGGGGCUUCGAAGGCAAAAGCAAGUGAGUGCCAACCUGGCCGCGGAGAUGUUCCUGUCGCCAUCAUAAAAAUGCGUGCAUUCUGUAAUAUGUCAUGCCCUGUAUUAAAACAAGCUUUCCAAGGCUGGA